CAUCAUUCUUUCUCACAAGUCACGUUUAAAUAUCUUUUAUUUAUUAAUUUAAUUAUCACAUUACCUCAAUACGUGAUUAUGUUUCACAGCCACCCAACAUCAAUAUUUUGUAUAAUUGCUACAGAAUUUUGCGAGCGAUUCUCUUUCUGCGGACUCAGGACUAUAUUGUCACUGUAUUUGAGAAAUGUUUUGUGUCUGCAUGAAAAUGCUGCAACCGUAGUUUAUCAUAUAUUUAUAAUGAUGUGCUAUACGAUGCCGUUGAUGGGUGCAAUUUUAGCUGAUAAUUUUAUAGGUCGAUACAGAGUAAUUUUAUAUUUCUCAAUAAUAUACUUGAUUGGAACAAUUUUGACAUGUUUCUCUGCUAUACCACCGUUAAUGUUACCAGCUACGACUACUUCGAUGAUCGGUCUUGCGCUGAUUGCGACUGGAACUGGUGGCAUAAAACCUUGCGUAGCAGCAUUUGGGGGUGAUCAGUUUCGUCUCCCUGAGGACAAUCAGCGGCUGCAAAGUUUCUUCUCGACGUUCUACUGUACCGUGAACCUCGGUGGCUUCAUGGGCAUGGUGGUAACUCCGGCUCUUCGUCGUAGUGUUAUGUGCUUCGGUGAUGACGCCUGCUAUGCCCUCGGCUUUGGAUUUCCAGCUCUAUUAGUACUUGUGUCUAUAAUAAUUUUUAUCGCUGGAAAGCCUUGGUACAGAAUAAAACAGCCUCGCGACAAUGUUACGUUAAAAUUUGCAGCUUGUGCUUGGUACGCGUUCAGAAAGCGAUUACGCCACGAUCCUAACACAGAUGGUCCUCCAUUGGACCACUGGCUUGACUACUCAGCCGAAAAGUACGGCCAAAAGCUGGUCUCUGAUAUGAAGGUGGUUUGCUCCAUCUUAUAUCUUUACCUACCGGUGCCAAUUUUUUGGUCGCUUUUCGAUCAACAGGGUUCUCGUUGGACAUUUCAAGCGUCAAGACUACGCAGUGAAGUGUUCGGUAUGACGCUGAUGCCGGAUCAGUUGCAAGUGAUGAAUCCCGCUAUGGUGUUGGUGAUGAUACCAGUAUGUUCCGGCGGUGUUUGGCCUAUUCUACCAGAUCUGCCGCCGUUACAGAAGAUGUUUAUUGGUGGAAUGUUGGCUGCGAUGGCCUUCGUGUCGGCUGGGAUAUUGCAAAUUGGUAUUGAGCGUUCGACAUUACAAGUACCAGGGCAUGAUCAAACUGGUCUGGUCGUUCUAAACACUCUGGCGUGUCCCGUUGAGAUAGCGGUGCGUGGUGAGGGAAUCGCUCCUGUGGAGACCCAUGGCACUGCCCUCACAUCUCCCCUUCCUCAUCGCAACCUCGGUCUCACUGCAACCUGCCCCUACCACUGCGCCGGCAGGAUUAUAAAGCAACACGUAAUCAAAGCUGAGCUUCACACUGUUGCAGGCAUGUUUAUGCCGGUGAUUGUUGGUCAGAAUUCUGACGAUCAAAUAAGAUUUUACUUCAUGGAUCCAAAUCAAUUUGGAAAGUCCUUAACGGGAAAACCGAAACUAAAGGUUGUUUACGUGGGAGACACGGGCCCUAAUAAGAACGUAUCGAUAACUGUGGAAACUGACAAGAGACUUAAUGAUAUAUACUACGUGUCCGACUCACCAGUGGAUCACAUCGGGGAGUCUGCGUAUAUGUGUCUACAGCCGGGGAAAUUCAAAUGGCACGCAUCUAGUGCAACUGGUGAAUUAUCUGGUUCGGGAGAAGGCUACGUUAGAGCCGGCGGAGUGUAUGUGCUUUGUUUGCGGGAACGACUGGGACGUUUGGACGCUGCGGUACUUCAUGCACCGAAUCCUCCUAACGAAUUACAUCUCGCAUGGAUUGUGCCUCAAUAUCUCUUGGUGUCGAUAGCCGAAAUUAUGUUUGCCGUCUCUGGAUUAGAAUUUUCUUUUACACAGGCACCAAAAAGCAUGAAAACAAUAACAAUAGCCGCGUGGUAUGUAUCCGUGGCAUUCGGUAACUUGAUCGUGAUUUUGAUUGCGCAGACAAAAAUAUUUGAAUCUAGAGCUUCGGAGUUCUUUGUGUACGCCGCCGCACUGGCGAUUGCGAUGUUGAUAUUCUGGCGUAUGGCUCAAGGAUAUAACACUAGAGAUAUUGAAGGAGACGCAUCAUCGACUGAAAGUCGUCCACUUCUUAGACACAGGUCUAGGAUAAUAUCGGUGCAUUCGUUGUCAUCGACUAGUGCUCGAGCGUAUGGGGUGCGCACACAAGAUCGUCAGUCGAGUAUGUGGCCGCCGCGCACCGCCGUCCGUCUCGCCACACCUAGCAGUGGCGAGAUGCGAGUCACCACUCUCGCCAAAGAUUAAAAAAAAAUAUGCAAAAAUAAAUCACCAAUUUUAUUUAAACUACGAUAUCUUUGAAAUGUAUUCACAAUAUUGGACAUUCGAAGUUUGCACACGAAUAUUGAUUACCAGCGCUAAAACGCUCUAUGAACGAUCAAACAUUUUGUCAAACUUAUACGGUUCAAAUGAAUUACCCAAAACACAUGCGUUACAUCAACUAAUUUUAGUAAUAGGAUUGCUAUUUUAUAACCUAUGCAAACAUGUAUUAUGUUUAUAAUACAGAUAUGAAAUAUCUAAUCACGACAUAUGUGACGAUUUUGAAUUACAAUUUAAUUCUCAAUGCCUUUUUCCCGCAACUCCACUUGCGUUAAAUUAAAAAUUAAAAGAGAGUAGCCUAUGUUUCCUUCCAGACUAUCCUCUACAUCAUUGCCAAAUUUCAUC